UGACUUUUCUCCCCUAUUCGGGCUGGAGCAGAUCGGCGGUCGGCUGAGCGAGGCUGUUAAGAGAUGGCGCCGUCCUCGCGCCAGGGAUCGCGGUCGGUUCUCUUUUAGUUAAAGACCAGCUCGCGAGCAGGAUUCUUGGGAACGAAGUAUUUUGACACUUGGAUUCCACUUCAGGUUUAGCUCAGAUGACAGAAAAAUAGCCUACGCCCUCAUACUCAUGCAAUCCUGAAUGAAGUUAGAAAAUGGGGCGUCACUCCUCAGACAGUGAAGAUGACUCCAGAAGUCGUCGUAAAAAGAAACACCGGAGGAAAUCAACUUCCAGCAGUUCUUCAGAUAGCAGGACAUUCACCAGGAAAAAAUCUAGUAGAAGGACAAGGUCACACUCUCGUACUCACCGCUCCCAUUCACGAUCCAAGGACAGAAGACGCAGACGUCGGUCUAGCAGCAGCUCGUCAUAUGAGGUCCGAAAGAAGCGAAGCAGUCGUAGCAGAUCGCGGGAUCGAGGGAAAUCGUACAGAUCACGACGAUCUAGAUCAAGAAGCAGGAACAGAAGUUCAAGAUCUAGACAUCGGCAACACUCCCAUAGCCGAAGCAGUGAACGCUCCAGCCGCAGGCGAAGUUACAGUCGCAGCAGAUCUAGAGAAAGGGAAAGACGUAAAGGCAGAGACAAAGGGCGAGUAAAGGACCGGGAGAAAGAAAAACAAAGGGAAUCACGGAGCGAUAAAGGGGAUUCUGUGAACAUCAAAGUAGGAUUAGAACAUCUGCCCCCUGCGGAACAGGCCAAAGCAAGAUUACAGUUGGUCCUCCAGGCUGCUGCAAAAGCAGAUGAAGUACUAAAGGCUAAGGAAAGGAAAGAGGAGGAUGCCAAAAAGAAGAAAGAGCAAGAAUAUACUAUUGAAGAACAGGUGAAGCGAGUAAAAAGCAUUGAAGCAAUUGAAAGUGAUUUUUUUGUCCAGCAAACUUUCCGAUCAGGUCGAGAUGUAAAAAAGGCACAAGAACCCACUGAAAUCAAGCACGAAUCCAUUGUGCUAAGCAACAGAACAACUGAUUUUAACAUUGAAAUCCAACAAGAGAUUGAUUAUGUCCCUUCUGCGAUUAAAUAUCAAGAUGAUGACUCAUUGGCUCACCCAAGUUUGUUCACGGACAAGAAAGAAGCAGAAGAGAAAUGGUUCAAGAGGUUAAUCACUCUGCGGCAGGAGAAAUUAAUGGGAAGCCCAGUGUCUGGAUUUUGAAUGUUGUUUAUGUUUCUUAAAUGAUUGAACCAUUAGCCAAUAAGUAUGUUGUGAAAUUACUGUAUUUCAUUGUUUUAUCUUGCUAAGUAUGAAUUUAUAUUACAAAGAGAGCUAAUUAUUGAUAAGCUCAGGAUUUCUGAUUUAGUAAACUAUCUAAUUUGUACCAGCUGUUACUUUCUUUCAUUAAAUACUUUGCAUAUCCA